GUUUGAAAUAGUUUUGAUCAAGUUUGCCAGCAUCUGCUUUAAAGUUAUAAAAUAAACUUGUCUAGAGCUACAAAAACAAGAAAUUAAUAAGUGAGUACAAUUCAAAGGCCAAGGUGCGUUGCAUCACUUGAAAGUUGACCCAGUCUUAAAAUUUGAUGAAACUUUUCAUAGCAGCAUCUGUAAUCUACAAGGUCGUCUUUCUCAUCUAGAUCGAUUAAUGAUUUCAGGUUCUUUAGAGGAAUUUUUGCUUUUAGAACAUGCUCACAGGCAAAACCAACUCUUGGUAAAAUCGGUUCAGUAGGCUCAGAAAUCUCUGCAUUAGUAAGAGAACCUUUCAAAAGAACCUCAUGGAGAUCUUCAUCACAGAUUGGCGUAGUAGAAUCAAAUGUAGCUCCACUAUUUAGAGCACUUGAUAAAGAAACAUUUUGAAAUAAAAGGUUUUUGUUUUUCUACAAUUUCUAUAGUUUUAUCUUCAAUUUACCUUGGUUCACAGUCACGUCAUUCAUUUUUAAUAAUAACCUUUACUUUUUUAAACAAGGCUAAUUCUAGAUUGGAAAGAUUAAAAAAAUGAAUUGCAGCAUUUAAAGAGGGAGAGGAGAAAACUAAUAAACAGGGGGGACCCAGUGGGGUUUGUCUGCCAAUGGAAUCCUCAGUGCAGUUAACGUCUGCGGUCUGUCUAAUAUUCGGGACAAGCUUUCUCAUUUUCUACUCUACUCCAUUCACGUGCUGUGUACCUCCUAAACUAUAUCCUGUAUCUGGUCCAACCCAUCUCCGAGUACAAGACGACAUUCAACAGCAUCAACAUACAUUCUGGACUUCGAAAAUCUACUAUGCUCUUAACGAGGGCAUUAACAAUAAACAGCGAAGUUCAGAUGCAAAAUUCCUACGACUGCGUCCAUUGCUUGUGAUGUUGGGGGGACACAACUGGGACAGUUUCAAUAAACUCCCGCCAUCUGCAUUAAUCAGUUCACACCAUACCUGCAACCUCAAAAUCUCCAGUCUUCCCAGACCUGUAUACAGACCAACAGUGGGAUUAGUUGAGAGCAAAAUAAUACUUUGUAAUCUUGACAGUCGAGAAGGUUAUUCUUUAUCUAAAUAUGAUUGUUGGUUCUUUGAUCUACAAAAAAGAGAAGAUUGGAAACCAAUGACAAUUCCGCCCAGGCCCCUUUAUCUCCAGAUUGGUGCUGUUUACAAUGGAAAAUUCUUUAUUAUAGGUGGAAGUGUUAAACCCUAUGAUCAUGAAAGAGCUGGAACCAAAACUGUGCAAUUCUUUGAUCCACGGUUGGGGAAGUGGGAGUUUGGACCUGAGUUACCUGCUCCUUUGUACGAAGGAUGUGCAGUUGGAACUCAUUUUGGACUUGUUGUUGUCGGAGCAUUCGAGGAAAACACAGAUAUAAAUGCUUAUGUUCUUAAUGAUAAUGUUUGGAUUCCUCUGCCCCCUAGUAAGCAUUACCAUACCAGUCCAGGGUGUGGAUUAGCUAGAAUAGGCAAAAGCUGGGCCGUGGUGGUUGUUUCUGGAAGAAAAGUAGAGUAUCUGAUUGAGGGAGAAGGAUGGAAGGAUCUACCUGACCUUAAUGAUGAGCAUCAUGAUUCUGCCAGUAUAGGUAUGGAUGGAAAUACCCUGGUUGUGGCUGGCGGAACAAACAGGAAAAUAGAUAUUUAA